UUGCGUUUCUCAGGCGCUCCCAGGGUGCCCUGGUUCCUAAACGCGUUUGACGUCACGUCCCUUUUAGUGCUUUAACAAGAGAGAGAAGAUGAUUCCACCGGUGGAGGUUUCUCCCCUUAUCAAGUUCACCAGGUACUCAGCACUGCUCCUUGGGAUGAUCUAUGGAAAGAAAAGAUACGACUAUUUGAAGCCUAUUGCUGAAGAGGAAAAGAGAAUAGAAGCAGAGGAGAAAAAGAAGCGUGAGGAAAUGGAACGAAUUGCAAAAGCAAUAGCAGAAGCUAGCGAAGAUACAAUACUGAAAUAAACCUGCUUGAACCACAUCUUCAUCUUUUAAUAUCCAGUGUAUGAAAUGCUGAAAUAGAUUUUCAAAUGUCAAACACAAAGUUAUUUACAUCAAUAAACAGUUGCUAGAA